AUGGAUGAUUUGCCAGCACCAGUUGGAUCACCGAAGACUGGCAUAGCACGCAUGGUUGAAACAGCACAGUUGGCUGUCGAACUAGUAACCAAUUUUGAGAAUGCUCAUUAUCAAAUGCAAAUGUUAGCUGAAGCGUGUGGCAAUAUUCCCUAUUUUCGCUUCAAUCCUGAACUACCUGAGCGACUGCCACUGGACAUACGAACAAAGGCUGAGCUCGAUAAAUUAGUCGAUCUCACUACAAACUAUCUGAACGAUCAUGACAAGGGUAUACCUGAACAAAUCGAACGAUUUAUAGCACUUGUCAACAGCAGAUGA